CCCUCAAAAUGCGUCUACGUCUUUAAAUAAGACCACGCCCUACCCCGAGCUACCCCUUUGGUUACUUUGACAGCUAGAAUAUGUUCCUGCCACAGACUCUCUAUAACCACCUCCAUUCCCACAAGGUUAACUCUUGAACGCCGCCGCUUUCAACAGUAGCUGCACCUGCAUAUCGGAUCUCGGCCCACUCCCUCACUCGAUUGGACAGCGCCUUAUCUCGCAGAUUCACAGCUGCCAACAUCCACUCACGUCACUCAAUCUCAGCCCUACCCCGGAUUCUUUAUCAGACAUGCCCGGUCGCCUGUUGAGUACCCUCGCGAGGGUGGCACCCACACCAUUGCCUAAAUUGGACCACGUCAAACCGCACGCCGAAGGCCUGCUUCCGCCAGUCUACUCCUACGACGCACCCCGCGUAAAAGCAAAGUCAAAGUCGGAAGAGUCGCUCGUCAUGGACAUCUUCAACCGCCACAAGCAUGACAAGCAUGCGAAAGAAAAGGACGAAGUCAAGAAGAGCCCCAAGGUUGAGGCCCAGGGCGCGGCUUCCAUGAACAUGAGCGUUGAGUCGCCGCCCAUUGUCUUCUACAACAGCCCCCAGUCUUCGACCGGCGCUAUUUUUUCGGGUCAGCUCGUCAUCAACGUUCAUGACCCCUACGUCACCGUGGAAAAAUUCGAGAUGCGCAUGCUCGCCAUCGUUUCCACUAAGAAGCCUGUCGCCCCACACUGCCCCGAUUGCAGCACGCAAACCACCGAAAUCCACAAGUGGGAGUUCCUGACGCAUCCUACUUCGCUGCGUCAUGGCCCACACACAUUCCCCUUCAGCCACUUGCUGCCGGGACACUUGCCUGCGACUACACAUGGUAGCCUCGCCACAGUCGAUUACUAUCUUUCCGCUGUUGCUACUACCUCAUCGGGUAAGAUUACCUACAAGCGCAAUCUUGACAUCAAGCGCGCCAUCUUUCCCGGAGCCGAGAAGCACUCUAUUCGCAUCUUCCCUCCCACAAACCUUACCGCUUCAGUGAAGCUACCACCGGUCAUCCACCCGAUUGGUGACUUUCCCAUUGAGAUGCGCCUAUCUGGUAUUGUGCAGAACAAAGGAGACUCACAAACACGAUGGAGGCUCCGCAAGCUCAACUGGCGCAUUGAGGAGACCCAGAAGUUCAUUGCUCCAGCCUGUGCCAAGCACAUCUCCAAGGUCGGGGGCGAGGGCAAGGGUGUCCUUCACGAGGAUGUUCGCGCCAUCGCCAGCGAGGAGGUCAAGACUGGCUGGAAGACCGACUUUGAGAAGGGCGAGAUUGACGUCGAGUUUCAGGCCGCCUGCAACGUUGGCCUCAAGCCUCUUUGCGACAUGGAGAGCCCAAGCGGCAUGAGCGUCAAGCACAACCUAAUCAUUGAGAUGGUCGUCGCCGAAGAGUGGGCACCCCUCAAGAAGCUCAACCAAGCCACUCCUACUGGCGCCGCUCGCGUUCUCCGUACUCAGUUCCACCUCGUGCUCACUGAGCGCUCUGGUAUGGGUAUUGCUUGGGAUGAGGAGCAACCUCCUCUCUACGAAGACGUUCCUAUCAGUCCCCCGACUUACGUCGACGACUGCGAAUUUCCUUUCUCCAACAGCAGCUCCCGCUCUGGUAGCUUCAGCCUGGAGCAAUAACCGCGAGCUUCCUAUUUCCUUUCUUCGCUUAUACCCCAUUUCACGAUGAGAUCAUCGACGCUUCACGAAUCUCCUUACUGUGCCAUUGGUCUAUUUUCGCUUGGAACCAUCACUAGUGGACUGUAGGAUAUACCCGGCGUCGCGUUUACAUGCUCGCCACUCUUAUUGGAUUUUUUGUACGGCGUUCGGUUCAUUGCUGGCGUGCUUGGGUUGAGCCACUCUUGCAUCGAUGGGACAUAUCCAGCAGGCGUUUUCCUUGGUACAAAGAAAAGUUCAACUCAUAGAUCAUAUUUUGUGACUGGCAUAAUAGGACGUAAUACAUAGUACAAGCAGAAUCAAUUUCUACGCUCCGACAUGUCCUUCUCCCACGUCCUUUUGAGGUAUAUUCCAAACAAUUGACUGCCUUCAUCAC